AUGAUGAUCCCGGCAGAUGACGACUGAGCGCGCGGAUCAGAUCGGCAGACACCACCGUACCAACCAACCUGUCUCUUCUUGAAACGGUGGCCAGCGGCAGGGUGGUUGUUCCGUUCCGGCAACCGCAGCGGAUCCCCCAUAUCCUGAGACUGAGUCCUGACGGACGCCCACGUCGCACCUCGUCUCCCUGUCUAUACAGCCCGGGCCGCGUUCAUACGGCACGUGUUGCGCCUCCUCCACACGCUUCCCGUCGGUCUCCCUCCCACCGCUUCCAUCGUCUUCCUCCUCCCCCUCCUCCUCGAUCUCUCUGCUAGCGACAUCUCUAGCUGCGCAUGCAUGCGCUCUCUCUGUGACAUUCAUUCCUCCCUGCGUAUUGCUGCCGUCUGAUUCUUCUCCAAGCUCUGAUAUACUGUAUUCGAGGAGGGGUUACGGCCGGAUUAUUAGCUGCAGCCUGCAGAAGAUGAUGGACGUGGUCUACCAUGAGGAGUACGUGAGGAACCCGAGGGGCGUGCAGCUCUUCACCUGCGGCUGGCUGCCGCCGGCGUCCUCCUCCCCACCCAAAGCGCUCGUCUUCCUCUGCCAUGGCUACGGGAUGGAGUGCAGCGACUUCAUGAGAGCAUGUGGGAUCAAGUUGGCCACAGCAGGGUAUGGUGUGUUUGGCAUCGAUUAUGAGGGCCACGGCAAGUCCAUGGGCGCCAGGUGCUACAUCCAGAAGUUUGAAAACCUCGUGGCUGACUGCGACAGGUUCUUCAAGUCCAUCUGUGAUAUGGAGGAAUACAGAAAUAAAAGCCGGUUUCUGUACGGCGAGUCGAUGGGGGGAGCCGUGGCUCUACUACUGCACAGGAAGGAUCCGACCUUCUGGGAUGGUGCAGUUCUUGUGGCGCCAAUGUGCAAGAUUUCAGAGAAAGUGAAACCGCACCCGGUGGUGGUCACCCUCCUGACUCAAGUGGAGGAGAUCAUCCCAAAGUGGAAGAUCGUCCCCACCAAAGACGUCAUCGACUCGGCAUUCAAGGACCCCGUCAAGCGCGAAAAGAUCAGGAAGAACAAGCUCAUCUACCAGGACAAGCCCCGGCUGAAGACAGCUCUGGAGCUGCUCAGGACCAGCAUGGAUGUGGAAGAUAGCCUGUCAGAGGUGACGAUGCCAUUCUUCAUCCUGCACGGCGAGGCCGACACGGUGACCGACCCGGAGGUCAGCCGCGCCCUCUACGAGCGCGCCGCCAGCACCGACAAGACCAUCAAGCUGUACCCUGGGAUGUGGCACGGCCUCACCGCCGGCGAGCCUGACGAGAACGUGGAGCUGGUGUUCUCCGACAUCGUCUCGUGGCUCGACAAGCGCAGUCGCCACUGGGAGCAAGACGAGCGGGCAAGGACUCCACCGGAGCCUGAGAACAAGCACCGCCAGGCGGCGACCACCAAAAUCACACGCGUUACCAGCAGCAGUGGCGGCACCGAGAGUCAGCGGCGCGGCAGCUGCCUCUGCGGACUAGGCGGUCGACCACACCAGCAACAGUGUAGGAUGUAGUAGACAUGGAAAACACUUGUUCUUUAUUCAGUUGUUGAUAAAGAACUGUACAUUGGCAUAAGAAACAAGCCUGACACUGACAGUGAAUGAAAUAAAAAGAUGUCAUCUUGUUUCAUCUUCA